AUGGGUUCACAGGUGAGUCUCUCUGUCUCUCUCUCUUUGUUCUUGGUAGUAGUGAAUCCUGUGUUGACUGUUCUGAACAAGUUUGAAGAGACUGAAAGGAAACUUGUUUUGUUGCUUGAAGCUUUUUUGAGUUUCGUAGAAUUGGAUAGAGUUAUGAGAAGAGGUAGAGGAAAAGGCAAGAGGCAGAAUGCAACUGCUAGAGAAGAUCGUGGAAGCGGUGAGGAAGAAAAGAUGCCAGCUUACAGGAGAAGAGGGAGGCCACAGAAGCCGGUGAAAGAUGAAACCGAAGGAGAAGAAGAGAUCGUGGAGAAGGAAGAAGAGAAGGACGAUGAUACAAAUGGUUCAGUGACAAGUAAAGAAGAUGUGACAGAGAAUGGGAGGAAGAGGAAGAAACCAGUAGAGUCUAAAGAGAGCAAUAUCACUGAGGAAGAGAAUGGGUUAGGAUCGAAAUCAAGCACAGAUGAUUCAGUGAAGUCAUCGUCUGUUGGGUUUAGACAGAAUGGGAGCAGAAGGAAAAACAAACCUAGACGAGCUGCAGAAGCUGUUGUUGAAUGUAAUGGGGUUUGAAAAGAGGUGUUCUUAAAACGCUUUUGAAACCGCCUUUUUGGUUUUUUCUUCUUUUUGUUUGUUGAAUCACUUUUGUUGUUGAGACCUGAGUUUAAUGCGGGUGCGUUUUGGUUUCAUACAAGGAAUCAGAAUUUUUUUUCAAUCUUUCGGACACUGCCAUUUGUCUGAGUUUUGAUCUUUUGAAACUCUUAUCUCUUGUGAACAGAGUAGUGCCUAUCUCUUGUGAACAGAGUAGUAGUGCCUAUUAGUGGCUAUGAAAAUGCAACAUUUACGA